GAGCUAAAAAGUUAUUUGAUUCGAUCUUAGAGCCAACAGCGGAACCACGUGUAGGGUGUCUGAAAAUUGAUGGACUGAACAAACACCCAUCACCCACCUGUGCGCUUCGAUCGGACAGUGGAUGCAUUCAUGUGUACAUGUAUGUAUGUAUUUGUACGAUGUAUUGCCUGCGAGUAAAUGUUUGUUUGACAUUCAAAAAGUAAACGUGUGUGGAACGCCGGCUGUUGUCGGAGUGGCGCAACGUUCAGUUCUGCAUUCGGCGGCCAUCGCAUAAUAUAAAUCUUUUAAUUAUCUAACAAUCGUUUGAACAGAGAUUUCUGUGUAAAUAUAAAAAUAAAUGCGGCAUUUGAAAGUGAUAAUGGCCAUCCGGAGAGUGCAAAGAUUAGAUUGACGCUCGGUGUCCAUGGCCUGAUACAACAAAUGUGGCCGCGCUUAAACCAACAGAAAAACCUAAAAGCGAUUCAUUCCACGAAUGCGGAAAGACCGCCGCAACCCAACCUAACGGCAUACGCUAGCGCUUUAGCUUACGUUACAUUACGUUGCGCACCACCGCUACACAAUUUCCAUAAUGAAAGAGUGGCUAAAAAUUUCCUGCUUGCUAUGCGUCUUCGGAUGUGUGCGCGAGAUCCGACCCUCGGAGCCGUAUGUCACGGAAUUUCUAUUGGGUCCCUGGCGUAACAUCACAGAAACUCAGCUCACCCAUGAUGUCUAUCCGGUGGGGACAUAUUCGUACCUGGUGCAAUUGGUUUUUGUGUUCCUCAUAACCGACUUUCUGCGCUACAAGCCGCUCAUCGUCACAAUUGGUGCCACUGGUGUAAUCAUCUGGAGCAUGCUCAUCUGGACCACCAGCUUGUUGUCCCUGCAGAUUCUAGAGUUCUUCUAUGGAACCUACAUGGCCGCAGAGGUGGCCUACUUCACGUACAUCUAUGCCAAGGUUGAUAAAAAGUAUUAUCCUCGCGUCACCUCACACACAAGAGCUGCCAUGUUUGUGGGCAAACUGGUAUCCGGCAUUACCUCCCAAGUGAUGAUCAAUCUGGAACUGAUGAACUACAAGGAACUCAACUACAUAACGCUGGCCACUCAAAUAAUGGCCAUGUUGUGGGCCUUUGGUCUGCCGCGAGUGAACAAGAGCCUGUACUUUCAUCGCGAGGAAACGUUUGACACAACAGAAGCCAUAUCGGAUCAGUCCUCGUACACGCAAACGGAUUUGCCAGGGGACUCCAGUUUGGAGAUUUCCAGUCAGUCGCAGCCAAGGCUGAUCAAGGCCAUGUAUUUGCUGUGGUCUCACUUUCGCUGUGCAUAUACCAAUGGCCGCGUGAUCCAGUGGAGCCUGUGGUAUGCCAUCGGCCUGGCAGGCUACCUGCAGGUCACCUACUACAUGCAGUUGCUGUGGAAGGUGAUUGAACCGGAGCCAUUGAUCGCCUGGAACGGAGCUGUGGAUGCAGUGCUAACCGCACUGGCGGCACUGAGUGCCUUGGCCGCUGGUUAUCUCCACACGGAUCGGCUCAAUUCGCGCACAAGUCUGCUUACUUUGGCCUUCUUUUCUGCAUUGGAAGGAGGCUGCGUGCUGAUAUGCUGCUGGACAAACGAUAUCUAUUGGUCCUAUGUGGGAUUUGUGUUGUUUGGUGGCCUCUAUGGCUUUACCAUCACCGUUUCCAGCGCUGAAGUGGCCCGGCAUCUGCAGGAGGAUAGUUUUGGUCUCGUAUUUGGCUUCAAUACGCUGAUUGCACUCAUUUUCCAGAGCCUGCUGACCAUGAUAUUUGUCACAGACACGGGCUUCGAGCUCGAUCCGGUGGGACAGUUCACCGCCUAUGCAUUCUAUUUCAUUGGAGCGGCUGUGCUCUAUUUAAUAUCAGUCCUCGUCGAGUAUAUAUGGUGCAUAUAUCGAGCAUCAAACACGGAGAAGCUGGACAAUGCGUUAGAAUAGUUGUAGCUGCAUUUAGCACAGUACUUAAAAUCACCUGUUGGUGGUGCACAAAUUCAAUUAGUUUAGAUGUAACGUGUUCCUAUCAGGUCUCGUUCCCACUGAAAGUAUUCAAGCGAUUUCAGUGUACGAUAAUGUGAUUGAAUUCCAAGAAAGAUUGAAGGCAACAGUUGGGCUAAUCACUGUGUAGAUAUGUUCCAUUUAUAGACAGCCCCCAAUCAUCUGUCUCAAGUGUCGCGGAAUAAAGACCUGCUUUUAUAGACCA